AUGGCUGCGAUCCGCCCAACGGCUUCGGCAGCUGCCGCCCAGAUGCUGAGAAGCGCCUCCGUUGCUCCCAUCACUCGCCGGCCGAAUGUGGCCGCCGCCGCGACCCUGGCCCUGCGGCGGCUUGAGAGCUCAUUGACGCCUGCUCCACCCAAGACGGCUGCCCCGGUAACUCCCCGUGCUGCCAACAACGCUCCCGACUACACUGCUCACACGGACCGCGCGACAUCAAACUUCACGCCUGUCCCCAAGCGUGUGCUGGACGGCAGCGAGGACAAUGACGUUCUUCCGGCAGCCGUGCUCUCUGGCGCCCCGAUGGAGCUCGAGGCCCGGACGGUCAGAAUUUAUAAGCCCACAAAGCCGGCCACGCAGUCGGGCGACUGGCACGGCACCAAGUGGCGGAUGGACUGGGACGUCCUGGAGAAGGGCCACCGGUGGGAGAACCCGCUGAUGGGCUGGCAGUCAUCAGGAGACUUCAUGCAGGGCACGCACAUCCAUUUCAAGACCAAGGAGGAUGCCAUUGCCUUUGCUGAGAAGCAGGGCUACGAGUACUUUGUACAGGAGCCGCAGGAGCGCAAGAUUGUGCCCAAGGCGUAUGCCAACAACUUCCUGUACUCGGCGAAGAAAUUGAAGCACAUCCGGACAAAGUAG